AUCUUUUUAAUCUCCUUUUUAUUUCGAAUAAUCAACUUUGUGGCGUUUGAUAAGCGAAUAAAACGUGAACGAAGAAACCCAUUAAAACUGUUGUAUCAAUGACCGGUAAAGAUGUAAUGUUAGGAAAACCUGCGCCUAGGUGUUUUUGACGGUGAAAAAGUCAAGUAAAACAUCAUUUUAUAUUGUUUUGAUAUACUACUCUAUUUACUAGUACAACACAACACAAUAAUAACUAUUACUACUACAUUAUUACUGCUACCACUACUGUUACUGUUACUACUACUAUUACUACUAUUAUUUUAUUACAAAUAUUACGGAAUUAAUGUGUAAUCUUUUCGAUAUGGCGCUCACGUAUUGAAUACCAACGUUAUAUACAUGUAAAUUUUCUACGUACGCAUACAUUCUUAACUAUUAUUCUUUUUCUCUCUCUCUCUCUCUCUCUCUCUUUCUUUCUUUCUUUAUUUUUUUUUUCUCGUUAUCCUAGCCAAAUCGUCAAUCUUCACGUCGCAUUCCUAUUUUUCCAUUCGAUUAGUUAAAUAAACAGAGAGACAAAGAAGCUAAUCUAGAGCUAACAAUCGAUAAGGAAGAAACAAGAAGAAGAGGAACAUGUGACGCGAAAUUAUCAAACAUGGAAGAUGGCAAACUUAUAAGGCACGACAAUGGAAAGAUCAAUUUGUUCGAUUAGAGAUACCAACGUGUGAUCUUGUUGAUCGUAGAAGAAAACAAAAACACACGUACGUGUUACACACAGAGAGAAAGAAAGAGAGAGAUACGCGAUAUUAAUAUAUAUAGUGUGCCCACGAGAAUUUCUGUAUUAGUACGUAGUACAUUUUAUAUACAAAGAUACACCGUUUUUUAUAUGUCGUAUAAAAAGAAAUUACAUGGAUGUUUUCAACAUUGGCAGCUAUACCUCUCCCCCCAACCCAGAUUGUUUCUAUGGUGAGAAAAGUGAUAUAUAACUAUAAUGAUGAUGAUGACGAUGAUGAUGAUGAUGAUGAUGAUGAUAAUGAUGAUGAUGAUGAUGAUGAUGAUGACGAUAUGAUGAUUGUCUAACAUCCACAGUAGAUGAGUUUAGCAAGAGAGAUUCAUUUAGCAAUACGAAAAGCAAGAAAGGAAAAUAUCGAGAAGCGAGGGGGGAAAAGGAGUAGAAGAGGGGGAGAUAAUGCAUGAACGUGAAGGCGGGUGUUUUUGUGUGGGUGUAGAUGUGUGGGAGCGUAGGUGUGUGCGAGAGGACGCGCGUCGUCGCGACGCGUUUCGCGCACCACCGGUCAUCCUCGUUCACGCACGGAAAGCAGCACCCUGUGCUCUCUCUCUCUUGGAUUAUCAUAUUUCUUUCUUUUCCUAGCCUUUCGAAUCGUCACGAACUUUUUCUAAGGGGACUCAAUAAAACGUAGAAGAGGAUCGGCAGGACGAUUAGAAGAAAUACACAGGUCGUGAUCGCGACACUGGGCUAAACAACACGCAUCUUUCCUCUUUCCCGGGGGGGCAGCCAUUUGCUACGAUCGAGUUGUGUGUAGAAAAUAAAAGGUGUACGCACUAUAAAAACGGAAGGCGAUGCCACCUUGUAGUAGGCCAGCUCGUAUCGUGAUAAUCAAACACUAACAAUCCUUACGCUCUUCGAUGCCACGACGCCAAAAUCUGUCAACGCCUACGAAGAAAAAUAUUUGAAUUUUUCUUACCUGAACAGUCCUCUAUACAGCUAAAAGGAUUCUCAGCUUCGAAUAUCGCGACCCCACGCUUACUUGUACGGCAUAUGGAAGUGUACAGAGAAAAUCUCUAUUACCAUUGGCUUAUUUCAGAUAAGCCGCAAAAAGUAAGCCAAUCAGGGCCGACCUUUUAUGUUUUGAUGCGUUUCUUUUUAUCCCUCGAUAAAAUGUCUGCUCUUAAAAAAGGCGGGAAAACUAGGGCUCAAAAAUGAUUCUCCUUAUUUUUAUCGAUUAUUGUUCUUUAUAGUUAACUUUCAUACGCCAUUAAAAAAAGAAAAUUUUAUCUUUUUAUUUUUUAUAUUUACGUGUAAUUUAAUCGUUACGAAUUAUUGAAAUUAUUGACUAAAAUAUUAUAUAAAAAGGUUAGAUCGUAUUUCUAUUAUAGGUGGUGCCACUUUCUACACCGUUGCAUUAGGAAUAGGUUGAUCGCAGGCCAGCCAACGUCUAAUAAAACUAAAAAAAGAAAAAAAAUAUCCUCUACGUUGUCAAAGUGUGACUUGUGGCAUUUAUAUAAAUCGUGAUUAUGAGUUUAUGCGAACGUAAGCUUUUUUUUUCUACCAUUUCGACGUAAGACAUUCAUUGUAAUUUGAUUUAAAUUGAAAUUCAAGAAUUAUAUCUCACUUACAAAUAAAUAAUAAUAUACUGUUAAUAAUCACAUUUUUAUAGUAUUACUUUUUUAUAUUUAUACCUAAUUCUCAUGUUGUUCAGAUACUACAAAAUAUUAAUUUAUUUUAUUAUAAUUAUAUUUUUUUUUAUUGUAAAACAUUUUUACACGUAGUAUAUAAUUGGUUCAUUUACAAUGCAAUUUGACCAAUCAGCAUUUUUUAAAACGAAGUUACACAAAUGGAAAUAAUAUCUUGGUAGAACUGAAAACAAUAGUUAAUUAUUACCUGUUAUAUUGCAUCCGAUAAUUAAUUACUGACUUAAUUAGUACGUUGUAGCUACAUUGUGCAUAUUCGCAUUCUGUUUCACGAAAUUUUUUUUUUCAUAUCUAUGUUUAUGCAGGGAUCAAUUUGAUUGGUCUAUAUUUGAUUAUAUUUUCGAUAAUAAAAAAUAUACGUCAAUUAUAUCGAUAUCAAAUUCGAUAUCUCGUUAAGAUUCAUCGAAAUAUAACCAUUCAUGAUUACCGCCAGAAAUUGAACGAUAAUUAAACGUUUUUAAUUUAACAAAACAAUUUAUUUAUUAAUAUUUAUAUUUAUCAAUUUUUAUUUGUACCAUGGACAGCAAAUAUUCUGACACUGUAUAUUCUUGGUUUGAAAGAUGUGGUAUCAUAUCAAAUAUUAGAACAAAUCUACGCAGAAAUUUGGUCAAUGCAUUAAAAUAUAAAGAUUUAUCUUUAAAGGAUUAUUGUAGUAAACCUAAACCAGCUAAACAAUAUGUUUUUGAUUUUCUUGUAGCGGAGUAUUUAUUUAAUGUUAAUUAUGCUUAUACAUUGUCAGUAUUUGCUAGUGAAGCACCACUUUUGAUACAGUUUGAUAAUCAUGUACCUGAUAGUUAUGAUGAAAGAAAAACACACAGUAAACAGAAGUUACAAAAAGAUUACAUAUAUCAUACGUUAGAAACUUUAGGAAUACGACCAAAUGAUCCUGAAGGACAAUAUAUUAUGUCAGAGUAUGUAAAUAAUGAUGCACCUUUACUUUUAUGUAUUUUAAAAUGUAUAUCUGUUUGUACAUUGAAUUUAAACAAAGUUCCAAGUUUUCAAAAAACUACAAUGACCAGUACCAAAGAAACACAGACAGAUAGUUCUCUACGAAUGAGUAUGGAAAUAGAAAAAUUAAGAUCUGUCAAGAAGAAAAUAUUUAAACAGAAACAAUUAUUUGACAUGCAAUUGAAAGAAAAAGAAAUUGGAUUAAAAAAUCGUGCCAUUGUUAUCGAAGAACAACUAAAUUCUUUGAAUAAAAAAUUAGAUAAAGCUCAGGAAUUAAUGAAUAUGGUUACUUUGAAAGAACAACAGUUGAAUGAAAAAAAGCAGAAAGAGGAACAACACUUGUUUCAAAAAGAAAUAGAAUUAUCUUUUAAACAGAACGCUUUGCUAUUAGAAAACGAAAGAAUACAAAAAAAGCAAGACAUGUAUGAGAGUUAUAAGCGUGAUUUGGAGAAAUUGCAAGAAGAGCUUGCUGUGACCAAAAAAGCUUUUUCUACCAAUUGCGAGUUAAGAGAUACAGGAAUACAAACGAGUUCUAGUAACGAUUUAGGAGAUCAAAAUAAAGAUGCACAAUUUCAUGGAGAAAAGAAAGAAUUGAUCAAGCUUUUGAAUGAUCAACAAUUAAAAAUAGAUGAAUUGACUCAAUACGCGAUUCAAUUAUCGCGUAGAUUUGAAGAAAUUCAUCAAUCGAGGUCUACAUUAAUUGAAGAUCCUGCGAUAACAAAAAAAGCUCUCUAUACUAACACCGUUGUUAGCGAGAGCAGUUCAACUGAAGAUAUAUUGCAAGAUGCUAAAUUACGUUUGAAACGUUUGGAAGAAGAAAGUAUAAAAGCCGAUAGGUUUUAUUAUAAUUCUAUUGCUACAUAAUUAAAUAUGUUAUAAAACAUAUUUUGUAUAAACAAACAUACAUACACACGCACACGUAUUUUUAGAUCGUAUAUCCAAAAGUGUCAAUGAUAAUUUAUUUUGUACAGAUAGUUGAUUACACCAGCACGAUGAUAUUGUACAUUUAUUGGGUUAUAUCGUUUAUAUAUAUAUACAGUAUUAUUAUUAUUAUUAUUAUUAU